AUGGACAACAGGAAGUUCCUGCGAAUAGGGAAGAGUGUCGUGCACGGGCGCACGGGGCCUCUGAGGGGGGACAUGGGUAACGAUGUUAAGGAGCAGGAGAUGGGAGAAGGUGGAACAAAAGGUGGGAAUCCCGGAGGGGGCGGUAAUAACAGGGGUGGAAAUGGCAACGUUCCUGAUGGUAAGGUUCGAGAUGGCGGCGAAAGAACGAGUGGCAAGGCGGACAGAGAAGCGACGCAGGAUGAAAGCGCAUUGAACAGCCACUUCAACGCGGAGGAAGGAGAAAACAACAGCGGUGAUAUUUUCGAGCAGUUACUCCAGAGAGAACUAGCCAAGGGGGCAUUAGGGGGAGGAGUGGUGGGAAAAAACACGAAUAAAAUGAAGGGGGGCAUGGUUGAAGAAAAGGACGAGGAGUUUGAAAAAGGGAAAAGUAGUGUUAAUAGAGCAUAUGACAAGAGAGAAAACACGACAAGCAAUGCAAGUGGAAAUGAUUCAACGGGCGCAAACAAAAUAAGUGUCGGAGAAGAUGAUACGGAAGAUUUAUCAAAAAUCGACUUAACAGUACGAAUAAACAACAGUCAGGUGAAAUUUCGAAUGCAUGGAUACAACCAAGUGAUUAAAUGUUUCACCAGUGAAGACAAUAUUGAAGAAAAAAUUGAAAUCAUUAAUCUUCUCUUUAAGGAUGAAGACAAAGUUCUUAAAUAUUUAGGAGAUAAUAAUUUAAUAUGUCAAAUAAAGGCGGCCGAAAUGAUAGCAGAAUAUAUCAGUGUACUGAAGGAAAUACAUUUUUACAACUUCAAGGACAUGUACGAAAAUGAGGAUGAAUUAAUAAACUCCUUUGUUAACGAUGCGAAGAAUAAAUUAUUUUGCAUUUUUACAAAAAUUGAAAAGGUUCUAAUAGAGAAAAUUUUAACGAAUACCAAGUCCUUCGAUAGUGGUUACAACAUCGUGAGCAAGACAAUUGAGUUCUGUUCAAAUGAUAAGGUAACCGUAAAUAUAUUAACUAUUCUGUGCGAACAUAUUCAUGGAAUAUAUAUAAAGGCAAACAAAUCAGUAUCAAACAUUAAGGGGGUGAAGAUCAAAGUGAUUUCAUCGGUACUCCAAGUACUACAUAAACUGCUCAGUAGUUUUGGAGCCUCCGUCAUAUGCGUAAAGACACUAAAUAAGUUCUGCUUCAAAUUUAACGAGAUGAUAGAUAAAAGUGUCAAGACAAAUUUUUACCUCCUCUAUAUUGAAAUGUUGAGUCAGAUAAAAAACGCAGAAUUUCAAAACUGUAUUUUGAACGAGCUAAAUAACCAACAGAAGAAUUAUAUAACAAAGGAACUACAGAAGGAGGAGAAUCAAAGAGGAGGAGGGACAAAACGCUGGGUCAGUACGUACCUUCUGAAUCAGUGCAGUAAUGGUCAUCGUAGAUUCGGAGGUAAUAUGAAUGGAGAGGAUGAUGACCCGCUGAAUGAUAAUUCCUUUUCAAAUAAUGUACAACAUUUAAUUGAAGAGGCAGAUGUUUUUAAGGAAAUUUGUACAAAGCAGUGGGAAAAGAGAGUUCUUGAAGGAUGUAUUGAUAAGAACAUCAACAACACCACCAAUAAUAACAAUAGUAGUAGCAACUCCUUGAGCAAUGAAAACUUAUUGCCAUGGAAAAUAAAAGUGGAAGCAAUAAAUCUUUUAUACGACAAAAUGAAAGCCAAGUGUUCAAUUAAGAAGACUCCAUACAUGAGCACCAUUUUAAACAUAAUUAACAAACUGCUGAAAAAUGAAUCUGCUCUUCCCGUCGUUGUGUCUACCUUGAAACUACUUCAUGUGUUGAUUGAGAAGUUUGAAAAGGAUAUAUACACGACCGUGAAGUCCUUCUCUUUUGUUCUGUGUGCAAAGUUGAAGGACUCAAACAAACAAGUGUCCAAUGCGUGCAUGGAAUGCUUGACAAAGGCAAUCUGUGUUUACAGUAUAGAUAUUUUUAUAGAUGAUUUAGCGAAAAAUCUAAAGGAUAAAAAUAAUAACACGAGAAUAGUUACCCUGGAUUUUUUGUUCAAAAUUUUUGAUCAUGUUGAGAGGAAGAACGUAGUCUCCAUUAUCGAGGUAACGAAGCAUUUGCUGAACGACACGGUUGCGAAUAUUAAGAACACUGCAUGUAAGAUGUACGCUCUCAUUGUAACGAAUUUCGGGGAGGAAGUGCACCCUUCCUUCUUUAGCUCUCUCCCAUCGAAUAAGAAGAAGUCUAUUUUAGCUCUCUGUUCGGGUGGAAACGGGGGGAAGACCAAACAAAGUGGGACCAGUACAAGUGCCACAGUAAAUACCGGUGUUGGAGGUGGGGUUGGUCGGCCACCACCCCACGGUGAAGACACAAGCGGCAACAAAACAAGUGCGAGUGCUGCUAUCCAAGGAGAUAACGUCGAAUUCCAGCUACCCGGUAGCAUCACGACGAAUUUGAAAUCAAAUAACUACCCCACCAAGAUAGAGGCGAUACAAGAAUUGACUAAAUGGAUUAGAUCCGAAGUGAACAUGUCUAAUAUUCAUUUAGAGAAUCUGCUAAACUUUAUAAAAAAAAAUUGUUACGAUUUUAAAGGCAAGUAUAUCCACUUGAAUAAUUCAAUGUAUGAUUUUUUCAAUCAAUUGGUGGAUAACCUGUACCAUUUUAAUAUCCAUCAAGGAAACAAUCCCCACUUUGUUAAAGUUAUGAAUACGCUCAUUCCGCUUUACAUGGAGAAGACGAAGGACAAAAAGGAUACUGUCCUUUGCAACAACUUUCUUCAGAAGUGCUUCAAAUAUUUCGACAACAACAUAAUUAUGGACAUGGUGAUAAAGAAUUGCGAUGCGAAGAAUGCUAAGAAGUGCGAGGAAUGCAUAAAAAUAUUGCAGAAGUUAUUUCUCUCCAGGGGAGUUAAUUCAGGUGCGAACACUGGAGGAAGUACCUCCGGGAAUGGCUCCUCCACCCCCCCCGUUAACAUAAAGAACCUUAUCUUUUUCCUAAAAAAGUUUGUGGACUCGAAAAACACAAAUUUGAAAAACUCAUCCAUCUUGCUGUUGCAACUUCUGAGCAGAAGCUAUGGAAAUAAAUAUGUCCUGUCUCACUUGGAGGGCAUUUCUGAAAACGUUCGUCAGUCUGUUAAAUCGAAGGAGGAUGUGGAGCGCUUCGUGCAGAGGCAAGGACUUCAGUCUUCCGCGUCUUUGGUGAAUACAGGGGAUAAUAACAAGUGCAGUGGUGGUAGCGGUGGCAGUGUGCGUGUUGGUGGACGGGAAAAGAAAGCAGGGGUGGCUCCCACAAUGAUGGAUGAACAAGUCAGAUGGGAGGAGGAACCUCAGGGGGGAGGCUCUCAGGUUAACAGUGACAACAUAAAUGGAGAGGGCGAUAAUCAAGAGGAACCCCCCGCAGGAGAUCAAAGGAACAUGGUCGAAAUAGACUACACGAAUACGUACCUAAAUUAUAAGAGCACCAAAAUUGUUGCAAAGAAGGAGGACAGUGAGGAAGAGUUCUCUGCGCAUAUCAAAGAAUCAGAUGUUCAGGAAAAAUGGAAAGUGCCAAAUAGGAAUGACCAAGUAGACUACAACGAUGGGAAAAAUGGCGGUGAAGACGAAAAAGAUGAUGAAGACGACGUUUGUGAAGAUGAGGAAGAGGAAGAAGAAAAAAUGGUAAACAUAAGUGACAUGGUUAAGGAGCACGUAAAGCAUAUAAUGAGCGAAGGAAUGCAUGGUACUCAUCACAUUACAAAAAUCAUUAAGAUUAUUGAGAAGGUUGGAAAAUACUACAUUAACCCAAACAAGCUAGAAAUACUCCUUAACAAGGAAACGAUGCACAGAAUAUUAAGUAUGAGUAAGAACAAGUGCGCGGAACUCCUAUAUAUCCUCAUGUUUUCGUUGAGAGAUAAUGUACAUCUGUUCGUGGAUACCAUCUUGGAUUGCAUUGUGAAGAUGAUUGAUGACACAGACAUUGGCAUUGAGCAGAUCGAUAAGUUGCUGUCGUGUAUGUGUAAGAACGUAGGAAUUUCAAAAUACAUUGGAUACAUAAAUGGGUUCAUUAUGACGGAGAAAUUGACGAACAUGCGAGAGGAAGGGGGGACUGCCCUCAUCCAUUCUAGUGGUCAAUCUAGUAACCGUUUGGAUAAUCAAACGAAGCGAUCCGCGAAGAGGAACAAAAUAUAUGUGCUUAUCAACAAUAUUAGCACGAACCACAUUCUGCUUUUAAAUGAAAACGUUAUUAAGAAGAAGGUUCUGAGGUUCUACUUGGACCUCUUCUUUGAUGAUAAUGAACAGCUUAGACAGAAGGCUAGCAUAGUCUUAGAUCACAUCUAUGCAAAGUACAAAGGAAAUAUUUUUUUAGAAAUUUAUGAAAAAUUAUCGGUUCACAAGAAGGAAUGUCUGCAUGAUAUAAUAAACCAAAUGAAAAUAUCACAGGAGGAUUUUUCCUUUUACUCCAUUCUCUUGUCCAACAGUUCACAAAUGAAGAGAGUUUCAAACAACGAAAAUAAUAUAAAUACUACAAAUCCGACUUUGUCCAAAUCCAGGAGCAUUAAGAGACUUAGCUCUAUUAGCAAAAAUAAAAUUUUAAAAAUUGAAUUUCCACCUUAUCACAAAAUAAAGGUGGACACCCUCAAAUGGGAGAAGCACCUUGACCAGGCACACACCAACUACCUGAUGAGGGAAUUCAAACCGUUCAGUAGCUCCGACCUAAUUCUUCACAUGUUUAGCGACAAUGCGAAUAUGGUUAACAGGAGCAUCCUCUUUUUUAAGGAUUACCUGAGCAAUAGUUCCAACCAGUCGACAUUCUUCUCCAAGUCGGGAUUCCUGGACUUGCUACUCAAGUGGAUUUUCUACACACUGAAUGGCCACCAAAAUAACAACGAGCUACUUUGCGCGUGCAUAAAUUUGCUACGGAUAAUGCUGAAAACGAUCGAAGAUAAUUACGUAUACCUGAAUGAGCAGGAGUUGGUCAUUCUGGUUAACUUCAUUUGGGACCGCAUGAACAGCGCAGCGACCUCCUCGGAGAUAAGAAAAAAAUUGAAGGAGAUCCUCCUCUGUCUGUGCUAUAUCUCGGAUCACAAGCUUUACUUUUCCCUUCUGUUGAAGAACCUUUCGUCGUGCAAUCAGAAGCGUAUAUGCGACUCACUGGACAUAAUUUUGAAGUUGAUAAUUCUGUACAAGGAGAAGUGUCUGCACCUGGAGAAGGACGUGAUGAAAAUUUUGCAGGUCUUCACAAUUCACAGCAAAAACAAAAACGUGACUAUGUAUUGCCUGAAGAUUUUUGCGAACAUCCAGUCAUUUUGCCCCAAUUUUUACAAGUGCAUUGACAACGACGACAUCUCGACCUACCUAAAAAGGAAAGUUGAUGAAUUUGUUGAGAAAUGUCAUGAUUACAAGAUCUCCCCGAAGGACACCGAAGACGACGAAAAUAAUAGCUCCUACCAAAGCGACGACUCAGAAGGCAUCCCAAAGGAGAAGGGAAACCACGAACUGACAGCCUAUCUGAAGAACAACGCAAGUCAGAGGAACUCCAUAAGGAAGGAAGUGGAAGGACAUGUGAAUGAGUUCCGCAAGAGCGUGGAGGAAGUGCUAGAGGUAAAAAAAAAAAUCGAAGAAAUAGAUAUGGACCGGACAAAGGAAAACUACAUGAACGAUCAAAUAUCCUACGUGACCAUCUCCAACAACUUGAAGUUUGCAAUUGAAAGAAAUAGCUAUUCGAGAAAUAAAGAAAUUUUUCAUAUUUUGGAAUCUAAAAAUAAUGAGAAGGUGGAGGGAUCAAACAGUUACCAAAAUUCUUUGAUUUAUUUCCGUUUCGUGUACCUGGCUUCUUUUCUCUAUUCCAAUGAUGUGGAGAAAAUUUCGAAGGUGUGCAAACUCAUAGUGGACAAUAUCGUGCAAGUCGGGAAGAAAAGCAAAAACGGAAAUUUCAUCCUAAAGGAAAACGGCAACUAUAUUUUUAAAAACUUCAAUUUGUUUAUCACUCUAAUGAAGGGAGCGAACUACUCCCUGAGGUUCCUUUUCCAGAAAGGUUUUUCCAAGGAUAUAAAUGCCUCGUUCAUUCAUUUUAAUGCGAUCCUGAGUAAUGUUCUCUUAGUGGAUAUUUUAAUGAAGAAGAAAAGUUGUAUAGCAAGGCUAUCCUUUAAUCAUUUCUCCUUUUUUUUUAUAAACACGAUAGUGUGUUUGAGUAUAUAUACCAAAGUUAUUCACACGAACAAGUACAUUUACUUUUUUAAAAAUGGAUCCAUCGCUAGAAGUCUAGUCACGAGCAUCCUUAACAACCUACUGGGGAGAGAAUUUCUCACAAGCCACUCCAAGUUGCUUGAAUAUGUUUGUAACGUGUCCCUAAAUUUAGGGUUCGAUAUCAUGAAAAAUAAAAAAAUUUUGUUGGAUGAUCUUAGUGAUACGAGUGAAUUCUACAUCUACACAAAUACAUACAUAAAAAUUUUGAACAAGACUUAUAAAAAAAUUAUUAACAAAAUUUGUGAAGAAGAUGAGAAAGACAAUCCUUUCGUUUACAAGAUUCUCCACCUUUUGUUUUUAAAUCUGAAUAGGUAUAAUAUUUACUUAGAUAGGAUGCAGGGCGAUCGGAAUAGGAAGAGGAAAAUGGAAGGAGAGCAGAAUGAGGUACUCGUCGGAGGAAGUGUCAACUCAGGUUCUUUCUACAGUAAGAAGAUAUGCCACAGUGAGAGGCUCAGCGAUGAUACGACUGGUGGAGGGGUAGGAGGGAUCCUUCAGGGAGAGAAUUCAGAUCAUUCCAUUUUCGACUGUCGCGCGAUUUAUUAUGAAAACUUAGGCGCGGUUCACUCUGGUGGGAAUAGCAACGCGGGGGAUGGGAAGGGUGUAAUUGCGGGGGGUACAAAUGUAGUGCCUAGUGGAAGUAGCGGGGUGCCACCUACUGUGGGUGGAGUUUCUUCGACUUGCCCUGCCUUGAACACUGACGCAAUAAGUUGUGGUAACGCAGCGAGGGGAGGCUUCGGCACGGUGAGGGGAAAUCUCGGAACUGGACGUGCAAGUAACACGGGAAGGGGCAGCAUCCCCCCAAGGGGAAGUAGCACACACAUUCGAUUGAGCAACACACAGUUGCGACUGAGCAAUACGCAGUUGCGGGCCAACAAUACACAUGUGCGUUUGAGUGGAACGAGCAAGACGGCAAGCAUCACCCAGGAAGUAGAGAAUGAUCCUAGUGGAGAGGCAUCCAAACCACCAUGCAACAACAACACAAAUGAUACCCCCUACUCAAGGGAAGAAGAAAGCAGAGUAAAAACAAGUAGAAUGGAAUUUAUGAACAAGUACCUUUUUUUUAUUCAACUUAUUUUCUAUGGAAUAAAAAAAAGGAAUCCACUAAUUUUACUAGCGUAUAUAAAUCACGAAAUAAAAAAAAGCUAUUCACUAAAUCUAAACUUCUAUUAUGAAAAAAUGGAACUCUUGUUGAAUAAAGACGUGCGUCACUGCGUACCAACCAUCAGUGUUAACACAUCAGCGGAAUUCUAUGGAUUAGAUUUCUCCUUCGAGCAGUUUCUACGUGAUCAUGAAAAUUUGCAAAAAUUAGAAGAACCCAUUUUUAAUUCCUACAAAAAUAUAUUCAGUCAGUAUUCUAAUUUCGACUCAGAAAUUAUUUACAACAAUUUCGAUCUAUCCAUUGAUGAUGUUGCUAAUAAAAAAAGAGAGUUCCUUGAAUCGCUGAAAAUGAUGAACUUGAAUGAAGUAGCUUUCAGUUCAAACAAAUAUGAACAUUUAAAAGGAGCUAUUUUGGAAUACAUAAACGAGUUGGAGAACACGGAGUUACUGGAUGAUAUUCAGAACGUUGAGCUUGUAUCAGAUUAUAACUUUCUGUGCACCAUGUAUCGGAUCCCGAAGGAAGUGGAGAAGGAGUCGUCAGGUGGAGGGCACGAUAAAAAGGUGAUAAAUUUGGUGAACGUAGCGAGCAAUGUAGGAGAGCAGAAGGAUGAAGACGAACCGGGAAAAUCCAAUCAAGCGGAAGGAGAAGACAAGCAUCUACAUGUGAAUGACCGCAUAGAUGAAAGUAGAACCCAAAAUAACAUUCCCGAAAAGGAAAUGAAAGAUCUAACAUUUAUUAGUCGCAGUAUUUAUCUGCGAAACGACACUGUUGAAAAUUUUGAUAUAAAUGAAUUGCGCUUCAAAUACGAUGCUUCUGUGAGGGAAUCCCCCUGUGCUAUAGCUGAGAAGGGAGAUUAUGGAUUGGGUGUGAAACACAGUAAAGAGAUUGCCUCGAAUCAGGGAGGUGCCAACUCAGACAUGGUCACUAAAGAAGAAAUGGAAUGUCACUCUGGAGAAAGAAAACAUCACACGAGUACUCUCUACGAUAAAAACAACCCCCUAAAUAUUUUUAACAGUAGCAAAUUUGAAGAACGUAGAAGACGUGGAGGAGACCAAAAUGAGGUUCCCCUGGAGAUGCAGAGAUAUCAUGAAGGAAGAGGGAGCCAGGUUAAAGAAAGGCACUUUUACUCGGACCCAAAAAAAUACAAAGUAGAGGAGAAAGACACAAAUAAUAAUCAUUCGCAUAAUAAUGAUAAUAAAAAUAUGCAAAAUGAAGAAGACGCACGCGGUAAUAAAACUGAUUAUCGCAUUAGCGUCUGCCCAGUGGAAGGGGAGAAUAAAGGAGAACAUGUCAAUAGACAGGUAAACCUUCUUCCUACGGAAAGAAUGUCGAUACAUGGAGAAUCAAGCGAAUCAUCAGGAGGGCAAGGCUUUCCCCCUGGAACUCCCACUCAGACUUUACAACAAGAUCGACUUCGUAACAGAGCAGAGAUGAUUAGUAAGGCACAAAUUGCAGUUAAGAACCUUACCGAAGAGAGAGCCAAUUCAGACUUGGGGGGGAAAACUAAUGUGGGUAGCACCCUAAGAAGUAACAUCCCGCAGUACCCUGAGCAUACAUCACGAACUCCCGAAGCGGAUAAUAAAAUUAUCGCCGAGGAGAAACCCCAUUGUGUGCUCAAGAGGGGAAAGUCGAACGACGGGAAAUACAAGUGGUCUGAUUACGGAGGGUCCAGUGUUAUGAGUGGAGACAGGCAAAACGGGUCUUCAUCCUGCGCAUCAGGUGUAAAGGGAGGGGACCAGGAGAGACCCCUUACAAAAUCAAAAACGAACGUAAAAUAUUUGAUAAACAAGUACGAAAGUCGAAGGGAUAUUGUUGGUGCAACACCUCACAACGUGAAAUCUGCUUUGAUUUCUUCAAAGAGCAGAAAUGCGGAAUCCCUAACCAUAGGUAGCAAUGGCAGUAGCACCCUCAACAGUGGUGGUCACCAACACCAUAGAAGCAGAACGAAACGAGUGGAUAAUUCGACCAGUAAUACCAUGUUACCUUCUUUUCAAGCCGAUAAAAAAAAAAAAAAAUACCUGUAUGAACGGAGCAUGAGUUCAUCAUUUGAUAUAAAGACGAAAGAAGGAGACACACAAAACAUCGCCAACAGAAUGAGGCAAAAUACUAUCAUAAGAAAUUCUGACGUUGGUAAAAAUUUCUUGAAUACACCUCUCCUCAAUAAGGGAGAAAAAAGUAGUUUUCAUCAUGCAGGCCACAACAGCAGUGCGAACAGGCGAAACGAGGCUACUACCCAUGUGAGUGCCAAUUCGAAGAGCUACGCCACGCCGUCGAGUCAUUCCAUGAAGAGAAAAAAUGACAUUGGUAUUUCAAUUCCAUUAAAGAAAAAAAACCUGAACAAGUAA